AUGAAGGCAGGCCAGCUUGGCCUCAGCACCAAUGCGCCUGAACUACAAGAGUUGCAGGAUCAAAACAAGCUUCGACAGAUGUCGGUCGACGGCAAGCACCCCGGCCUGCGGCAACGAUUAUGGGGCCUGGCAGCGCGUAUGGACCCGACCGUCACCUUUGAAGAGUACAUCUUCUGGGCCAAGAUCGAACGCGAGAUGGAGGUCGAAGAACAGAAAAAAUACGUCGAAUCCGUCAAGAACGACGGCAGGUUCGGCGGCUUCAAGGCCUACUUUUUGGGUGCUCCCAAGGAUAAGAAUGCCGCCAUCGAGGCCACUCCAGCAGUCGAAGACCCUGCGCCCACCACCGAGAAGACUGCCACUGAGAAGACCGGAGAACCGGGCAAAGAUGUGGCCUUGAGCCCUAUUGGCCCCUCGCAGACUCACGACUACGAUGCCGAAUGGCGCCAGGCCGCACGAGCCCUCCGAACCUCCGGCUGGGUCACCGUCUUCUAUCUGAUCACGACCGAUAUCCUGGGCUGGGGUCAGACGCCUUAUGUCUUCGCCAACGCCGGCUACAAUGCAGCAAUUGGAGUUUUUGUCCUCUUUGGUAUUGCCGCCAUGUGCUCCGCCCUCAUGAUCUGGCAUGUCUUCCUUGGUCUCGAUUCUUCCCGGUUCCCCGUCCUCAGUUUUGGCGACCCCUUCUUUCGACUGUUUGGCCCUAAAACGCGCAACGUCAUCAACGUCAUGCAGGCCUUUCAGAUGUUCUGUACGGUGGCUGUCAUCGUUCAGGGCAAUGCGCAGAUCAUGUCUCAGGUCAACGGAGGUCACGUUUGCUAUAUUGCCAUUGCUAUCAUCAGUGUCAUCAUCGGCAUCGCCUCAUGCGGCCUCCGUGCCCUCAAAGAGGUCGGUUUCUUGGCCAACUUUGCCGUCUGGAUCAACAUUGUCAGUUUCAUCAUCAUCCUGGUCUGCGCGCCCAAAUAUGGACCAGACCCCACGUAUGCGUUGCAGACGACUCUCCUCAAGGUGGCCGAACCAGCCAAAACAUUCUGGGGGGUCCCGCCAGCCGAAUACCAGCAACAAACCAGAGACUUGUUCGCCGCCCAGUUUAACGGUAUCGACUCCAUCGUCUACGCAUACUCUGGAGCACUUUUGUUCGUCGCCUUCCUUUCCGAGAUGCGCCACCCCAUGGACUUCUGGAAGGGUGCUCUGCUGGCUCAACUCUUCAUCAUGGUGGUCUACUUGAUCUUCGGGGCUGUGGUCUAUACCUACAUCGGACAAUACUCGGUCUCGACCAUUUCGCAGGUCGUGAAACCAGAGUCGGUCCAGGUUGCCAGCAACAUCUUAGCAUUGAUUACCGCCUUCCUCGCCGUGUUCAUGUACUUCAACGUGGGUAUGAAGGUUGUAUAUCUUCACAUCUGUGAAGAAAUGCUCCACAUGCCAGCCAUCACCAGCAAGCGAGGCUACAUGUUCUGGUUGAUUCUAGGACCUUUGUACUGGAUCAUCGCGUGGAUCUUUUCCAUGUCGGUACCCAACUUUGCCGGUAUCACCGGUCUCGUCGGCGGUCUCUUCUCCCUCAACUUCACCUACAGUAUCCCCGCCAUCAUGUACGUCACGUUCGUCAUUCAAAAGGGAGCGGCUCUCCCUGGUGAAGGGUUUGACCCUUACACCGGCGAGACUACACGUCUUGAUUCGGGAUUCAAACGCUAUGUCCGCGGGCUCCGUAAGACGUGGUGGUACAGCAUUCCGGCCAUUCUGUUUGCAUGUGGAGGUUUGGCUUCGUCCGGUAUGGGAAGUUGGGCUGCAAUUCAAGGUCUCAAGGAAGUUUUUGGACCAGGUGGUACCAUUCAGACUUCUUGGGGAUGCGCAGGUCCUGGCUAAAGGGAUACCUACUUUACACUGGCCGAUGAGAGCAGGCUUUAUAUGUGCGUGCUGUACAUGUUCCAUAGAUCCCAGAUUAGGAGGAAUACGGUCACCCGGUUUCGAAGCUCUCUGCUAUCAUGGGACUGGCUCGCAUCAAAAUCUCGCUCGUACGGGGGAGUCGGUCUCGACGGGAG